AUGGACUGGCCUCUCGACUGGCCUCGGGACUCGAACCCCGUGUUGAAUGAUGAAGAGAUCAAAUUAUUCGGAUGUGUUGCUGCCCAAGGACCAGCCCUUGCUCCUUCAAGAUAUGUCUACCUUUCUGACGAUGUAAGUCACCGCUUGAUCGAGAGCACCGUUAUUGCUGCACGUUACCCCGAUGUUCCGUGCGGUAGCAGCCGGCAUGGCUCUGGAGGGCCUCCCAAGUUCCACCUGUUUCGAAAAGGCAAACGUUUCAAUGAGACGACUUCCGUUGAGCCUCCCGACCUGGAAGAGAAUUACUCAGCGGUUCAAAGUACAUCAUUUCCUGAACAUGGAAGUGCUACAACGGAGCAAGAUGUUCAUCUGGUCGAAUGCCGAGCCAGUUCCCAACAACCCGAGCGAAAAGAUGUGGAUCAACGUUUCCAUGACAUCCGAUAACUGUGACGACGAGAGCUACAUCCCGCACAAGUUUGCCAUGUCCUCCACGCACCUGGAGACGGAAAAGCUCACAAGCAUUGUUCUACUGGGGCUGAAGCCAUCGCAGAUGACGCUGGUCGAAAGGAUAGUGAGGAACGCCACCACAUCCGACAUGAUUCACCAUCCGAUAUUCGCCACGUACCUGGUCGCAGAGCUGAUGCGCGAAAGACUUGCGCUCUUGUGCAAGAAUUACAUCAGGGCCGUGCAGGGAGUCCAUGGAGUGCUGAGCAACAUGUAUGAUUCCGAGAAGGACGAGCUCAAGCUCACCACGAUCAACGCGAAGCAGCUGCGACAGAUUUCCGAUGCCCGUAAAAACUGCGACAAGGUCGAGGUCGAGAUACUUGGCACGAAGCGUCAUCUGGAGAAGGCCGUGAGGCAGAUACUACCACGCCUUCCGGCCCAAGAUGUAAACAACUCGGUUGGACAAGUAUGCGCCAAAGACAUCUUGACACAGAGGUACAAAGAAAAGUUUGACGACAUCCUCACCAACCUCGAGGACCUAAGAACCGCCAACAGGAGCUCCGUAGACCUCAUGUCACAACAAGCCGCACAUGAACAAGCCCAGGCUGCACGGAAGGAGGCCAAAGAGAGUGCAAGGUCGGCGGAAAACAGCUAUGUGAUUGCCAUUAUGGGCAUGUGUUUUCUUCCCGCUUCGACAUUUGCUACCAUCUUUGCCAUGCCCAUCUUCAAAUGGGACCAACACCCGCUCGACUUGCUUUGGCAGUCCAAAGCCAAUGCUACCGCCAUCGAGACCCCGGAAUCCACGGCCGCGGGCAACGCGAAUGCAACUCUUACUGCCUCGAGCUCGCCAGCCGAUGUGCUGACCGGUUAUGUCUGGAUCUACUGCAUCAUCAGCAUUGGCGUCACCAUGUUGCUCUUCACCUACAAACGCAUUCGCGAAAGCAUUGGCAGCAAGCGUCUCAAUGGCUCUGAGCGUCCAAUCCUUGACUUUCUGCUGAAGCCUUUCACCAUGGUCUGGAGAAGUCAGCCAGAACAGUGCGUCGUGGCCACGGAGCCUGAUCGGAAAAGAUGGACGGGGAAUUCGCUGUCUCAAGCUGUGAACCCGAUCCCCUCGCCGGCAUUCUCCGUCCCGCAACAGAUGUCAGGUCUCGUGAGGCAUCCAACUAGCCAGUCUCUCCCGGCUACUAUAGUCCACGGCCAGGAAAAAGGCCCAUAUUCUUUCGUGUCCGCAGUUCCAGGGCCGAGAGGGACUGCGACCAUGGCACCGCCGGGGUUUGCUGCUCCUCCAAGACGGCAGACGGAGCCAGUACCGGCCAAAACUGACAAGUACCGAUACGGUCGGGACUAUGUUCCAACCCUGGUCACACAUGUCAGCUCCUCUCUCAGCCAGGGACAUGAAACAUGGGCUCAGGGUGCGCAGAUAUCUCAGACACCGUCUGCGGUCCCGGCGGCUUCCAACACCGCCAGCCUGGUGCAACAAUCCAACAACGCAGCUCAGCACCACAGUAGCCAGCGAGCCACAUCCAAUGCGACCUCUCAUCAAGACGCUCCUCAUACACACAGCCAACGCGGCAACUCAGACGCGGGACCACCACUCCCCCCUCCCCCAGCAAGACAGUCCCAUCGCGGGAGGCAAGGAUCCCAAACCGCACAAGCAGCUCCCACAACCACCGCGCAGCCGCCGAGAAUCGUCCAGCCUCCCCAGAGGAGCCCCCGGCAAACCAACCACGCCGCGCCAUCGACACAACCCGAGCUGCAGACGCCCAGCCCGGCGCCGCCCAGGAGAUGCCGCACCUUUGACCAGGGACAAGCCGAACCCAAGCAGCAGCCGCCGAGCCGGGUGCACACGUUCCCGGAGCACAAGCCCACCGCCCAAGCGACCUCCGGCUCCAAAGACCAGCACGGCAGGUCCCGGAUCCCCGACAACGUCACCCACAGACCCAACCGCAGUGCACCGACCGACGCGCCGCCCCGCUUCGGCCCCGAGGACCCGGACUCGCUGUGGCCUGGGCCCCCGGCGCCCGGCGGCUCCUCCAGCGGCGGGAGUAGGGAUUCCUCUCGGGUCAGGGGUAUCUACGACGGGGGCAGGGGCGAGUCGCGCGAGAGGCUGGUCGGGGCGGCCGGGACGCCGGGCAGGGCCGGAGGCAGCAGCAGCAGCAGCAGCGGCAUGUCGGGACUGGGAGGGCGUUGA